AUGAGAGUUCUAUUGGCUUCCUUCCUUCUGUUGCUGCCACUAAUGCUGAUGUCCGUGGUCUCUAGCAGCCCAAACUCAGGGGUCGCCAGAGGUCACAGGGACCAAAGCCAGGCUUCUGGAAGACGACUCCAGGAAGGCAGCCACGAAUGUGAAUGCAAAGAUUUACUCCUGAGAGCCCCUAAAAGGAAACUCAUCACAGUCCCUGGACUGAAGCAGUGUCCCUGCGAUCAUUUCAAGAGCAAUGUGAAGAAAACCCGCCACCAACAUCACCACAGGAAGCCAAACAGGCAUUCCAAAGCCUGCCAGCAAUUCAUCAAACAGUGUCAGCUAGCGAGCUUAUCUCUGCCUUUAUAG